CUUAAUUAUCUUUGAUCCGAACAGCAGUUUUUUACACGUUCGAACGAUUAUUAUUUUAUUAAUUUAGUAGGUAGUUUACAAAACAUUACAUCAUCUCAUUCAUUUCAUUUCAAUAUUUCGAAUUGGACGAACUGGUACGUCGUCGAAUUUCUGGUUGGAAUUCCUGUGCAUUACGCACUAUCCACCAAUAGUCGACUGUACAACACCGUGUUUACGCCUAAGUCUCUCUGUUGUCAUUAUGAUCAAGUCGAAGGCAUUGCUGUCCAGGACGUGCUUGUUUAAGGAGAGCCGAACGGCUUCGGAAUGUCGCCGGUCGUUGAGCACCAAAUUGGAACCCAUCAAAAUGUCGUUUACAUCAUACGAGUCGGCUGCAGAUGGUGGACAAAAACCGCCCAUCAUCAUCAUGCAUGGCCUGUUCGGCUGCAAGUCCAAUUGGAAUAGUUUGUCCAAAACCCUCCACAACAUGACCCGCAGAAAAGUAAUCACUGUUGAUGCAAGAAAUCAUGGUGACUCACCUCAUACUUUAGAGCAAUCGUAUCAACUUAUGGCUGAAGACGUAAAAUUUUUAAUGGAAGAUUUAGGUGUAAAAAAAGCUUCAUUAAUUGGUCAUAGCAUGGGCGGUAGAACAAUGAUGUACUUAGCAGUCAUCUAUCCAGAACUUGUGGAAUCCUUAAUACCAGUUGAUAUAUCACCAAUCAACAGCAAAGAAGUGAGUGAUAUCCAAAGUGUUAUAGAUGUUUUAAGAGGUGUUAAUUUAGAUAUUAAUGGACCUAUAUCUAAAGUUCGAAAAUUGGCAGAUGAACAUAUGAAAAGUUCUAUAGAGAGUCCAAUACUUCGACAGUUCCUCCUAACCAAUCUUAUUGAAGUGAACAAAAAAUAUAAAUGGAGAAUAAAUUUAGAAUCCAUCAAUGUGAAUUUUAAAAACAAUAUUGCAGUGUUUCCACCUGUGCAAUCAAUAUUUGAUGGUCAAACAUAUUUUAUUGGAGGCGGAGAUUCAGUUUUCUUGAAACCAUCAGAUCACGAGGCCAUUAAACAGAUAUUCCCUUCAGCUAAAUUUGAAUAUAUAGCUGGUGCUGGUCAUUGGUUACAUGCUGAAAAACCACACGAGUUUUUGAAAUUAGUUUCACAAUUUUUAGCUACUGUAUAGACAUAUAAUUGUAACAUGUUGAAUAGAUUUUGUAUUAAAAUUAAAACUUGCAAAUGUUACCUGAUAAUGGUAGGUAUAACUUGCUCUGUAAAAAAUAGAAUUGUUUGUUCAUUCAAACUUUAAAGUCUGAAAAAUUAUUAACUUUAUAGUAAAAUUUGUUAUUUAAGAAUUUCAAUUUUGUUUUCCUUUGAUAAAUAUUAUUGUUAUAAUUAUUAUUCGAUUAUUAUCAAACAAUAAAAUUAAGAAAAUACUUAAGUGUUUAUAUUAAAUAGUAUAUAGUCCACACCUUGAUCAUAUUAUUCUUGGAAUAAACAAGUAUAAUUUACCUAAAUUAUGAAACACAAAUAAUAUCAACUGACCCUUUAAUAUUGUAUAUGUAGUAAAUAAGAAAAUGUAAUUUCAGACACAUCAUCAACAGGCAACAGUUAUAGGGAUGCAUGAUUAAAUGAGAUCCUUUUAUUUAACUUUUCUCUUUUUUAACUUACCUUAAAUUUUAUGAUUAGUGUAAUUGCUCUUGUAAAAAUUUCAAAAUUUUUAUAUUUUAAAAGAACCUAUCUUAAAACUAAAAAUGAAAAUUCAUAUUUAUUAAUUACUAUAUUUGAUGAAUAUAUCUAGGAUUGCUAGUUGACACUAGAUACUAAGUAAAAAAUGUACCUUAACCAACUUAAUUAUUUUACCUGUACACAAUAUCAAACAUUAUUUCAAUAAAACAUGUUAUUUUAGUAAAAUGGAAGGAUGAUCCAAUCAAUUAGAAUAGAAAAAUAAAAUUUUUAUAUUAUU